GAUUUAUACAAAAUGGCUGACAAUUGCUUAAAUACGUAAUGUGUGUUAUUACUUUGUUUAAUAUGCUCUAAAUAAAUAAAGUUUUCAUCACCUUAAUCAAAUUAAACCAAAUUUCAUUUAAAUUAAUACAUGUCAUAAUUAUACUACUUCAAGAAAUUAAAAAAAAGUUUUUGGAUGUGUAUUAAUAUCCUAAAAAUCAAUAAUGGCGAAUCCUUUGGCGAAUGUGCCAGUAUCACAGAUUUUAAAAAAUAAAAGUCAAUUCGAGGACGAACCAAAGAAAAAAAGUAGAGAUGAUUGGCGAAAGGCGAAAGAAUUGGAAGAGGCAAGAAAAGCUGGUACUGCCCCAGCUGCUGUUGAUGAGGAGGGAAAGGACAUAAAUCCUCACAUUCCACAAUAUAUUAGCUCUACUCCCUGGUACUUUGGUGCUCAGGGCCCCACAUUAAAGCAUCAACGACCACAACCCGAACGUCAAAAACAAUUCAGUGGAAUUGAUGAUUGGUAUAUUCGAGGACAGCAAUCGUCUCGUGCUGUUAAAUAUCGAAAAGGUGCUUGUGAAAAUUGUGGUGCCAUGGGUCACAAACGUAAGGAAUGUUUCGAGAGACCGAGAAAAGUGUUGGCAAAAUUUUCACAAACUCAUCUUGCAUCCGAUGAUGUCACACAACCGGAUUUAUCGCUUGAUUACGAUGCAAAACGUGAUCGAUGGGCUGGUUACGAUCCCUCCGAGCAUCGGGAAAUUGUCGAGGAAUAUCAAAAAAUUGAGGAAGCAAAAAAAGAAAUACGCGCCGAAAAACUCAAUGCUGGUGAUGUUGAUGAUCAGGAUUCCGAUAAGGAUGAAGAUAAAUAUGUCGAUGAAAUUGAUAUGCCUGGAACUAAAGUCGAUUCCAAGCAGCGUAUCACUGUUCGAAAUUUGAGAAUUCGAGAGGACACUGCAAAAUAUCUUCGUAAUUUGGAUCCUAAUUCAGCUUAUUACGAUCCGAAGACAAGAUCUAUGCGUGAUAAUCCUUACGCAGGAACGGAUAGAGAGGUCGACUAUCAGGGAGAGAAUUUCACUCGUUUUACUGGAGACACACAGGAGCACGCAACAGCUCAAUUGUUCGCCUGGGAGGCUUCUGGACGAGGUCUAGACGUCCAUCUUCUCGCAGAACCAACGAAACUCGAAUUACUGAAAAAGGAAUACGAUAAAAAUCGUAGCGAGCAAAAGAAUAAAAUCAAAAAUCGUGUCAUCGAAAAAUAUGGCGGUGAAGAACAUCUCGAUGUACCGCCAGCUCCUCUUUUAUUGGCCCAAACUGAAGAAUACGUCGAAUAUAAUCGAGCUGGUAAAAUAAUUAAAGGUCAAGAGCGACAAGUAAUUCGUUCAAAAUACGAAGAGGAUAUCUUUCCUGGAAAUCAUUCUGCCGUUUGGGGUUCAUAUUGGCGAGAAGGUAACUGGGGUUUCAAAUGCUGUUACUCAUUUCUGAAAAAUUCUUACUGUACCGGCGAGUCCGGUAAAUUGGCCUCCGAAGUCCCAAUACUACCACCUGUCAGUAUUGAGAAACCAAUUCCUGAACUACCUCCUCCUCCUAUCGAAGAGAAAAAUCAAGACGAUGAGGAAGUUAUUGAAAAACAAGAUUCUUCUGAAUCGUCAUCAGAUUCUGAGAGCAGUGAUUCAAAUUCAGGUGAGGACAAAAGGACAAUCACUGAGAAAAAAAGUAGCAAGGAGAAGAAAUUGAAAAAGAAGAGAAAACAAAAGGAAAAGUUGCGUUUGAAAAGAAAAAUGAAGAACGAAACAAAACUUCAAGAAGCACUGAGAAAAGAGGAGGAAAGUCAACGAGAAGGUGAAUUAAUGAUUAAACUUGGAGACAGAAAUAGAGCAUACCAUAGUAUGUACGAAGCAAAGGAGCCAACAGCUGAAGAAAUCGAAGCUUUUCAAAUUAAAAGAUCCCGCGUUGAGGAUCCUAUGGCUCAUUUUAAAAAUUGAAUGCAUAUUUUUCUUUUUUUUUAAGAAAAUAACUGUUAUGUAAAUAAUUAUUCAGUCACCUGUCAGUAAUUGUAAUUGUCAAUUUUUUAAUUUCUCUUUAAUUUCAUUCCAAAUUUUUUUUAAAUUUAAUUUUGUCAUUUCUUUUUGCUUAUUUUUUUGUUUGAAAAACAAAUAUUUUCUUCAAUUGUGGAACGAAAUUUAAAACGAGAGUAGAGUAGAAAAGGAUAAGUUCGCACUUCUUAAAUAUAAUCUUCUUUAGACUAGUAAAUAAAAUAAUGAGUAAAAAAAUAUAAAAAUCAAUGAAGAAAUAAAAUAAUUGCAAAUAAUCCAUUUGAAAAUGUUUUAAAUAGAGGAAUAUUACUGAAGGUGAUUUUUUUUUGUAAAAUAUACAAAACUAAGAUUUCAAAAAAUAUUCGCAAAAAUGUUGUGUGCAUAUAUACUAAAGUAUAUUGAAGUAUGAAAGAAAUGUGUAUGUAAUAAUUGUAUAUUUUUGUAAUAUAGCGUAAAUAAAUGCUAAUUAAAAUGUAGUUAAAUUCCAA